CGAUAGAUUUGCAGUUUUUCUGUAGUCCACGUCGGUACGCUCACAAGCGGAGAGCGUUCUGAAAAUGGUUCCGUCAAAGUUCGAAUUUGAAUUUGAGCGCGUAAAUUUCUAAAUUAUUGUUUUGUUUUUUUUUUGAAAAUUUUAUUAAGUGUAGUUUUUUUUUAUGUAUUUGAUUUUUUCACAGAUUCCACACUUGGCCUAAAACCAAAAGACUGAUCGACUAGUUUCAUCCCACCAAUACCUAUCAUCAAUCUCAAUCACGGGAACCUUAUAAAGAAGUUAAAAAAAGAACUACAAGUGUAUUUUUGCCCAAUAAAGAUUUUAACAGUGUUCUUUGACUUCCAAGAAGUAUACUCGUAAAUCUUUCAAAGACUGACGCUGAAAUUUCUUUUAAAUUAAAUCGACUUUUUACGUGAGUGAGUGUUUAUACAGGGUGCUUAAAUAUGGAUUUCACUAAGCAAAACGUUAAUCCAAACCCAAGGGAUAGGUCCACGCCUCUAGGGCUAUUAUUUUUCACAUAUACUUAUGGAAUGUUUAAAAAAGGAUACACGAAAGUAUUAGAAGUAGAGGAUCUUUAUAACCCAAUUAAGAGUGAUAGAAGUACUCUUUUGGGAGAUCGACUAGAGAGAGCCUGGAAUAAGGCAUACGGAAAGGCCAAACACAAAAGCAAAAAUCCUAGUCUUCUAUGGGCCAUAGCAAGAGCUUUCUGGCCUGAAUACACAAUUUUAGGAGUAACAUUAACCGCAAUGGAAGUCUUCAGUUUAGCUCAACCAAUAUUACUCGGCCAGUUAUUGACAUAUUUUCGAAAUAAUACGGAUUUAACGAAAGAAGACGCCCUAUGGUACGCUGGAGGUAUAGCAUUCAGUUCACUAUGCGGUACGCUCUUGUCCAACCAGUAUAUUAUGGGAGCUUUUCAUUAUGGUAUGAAAAUAAGAGCGGCUUGUUGCGCGUUGAUUUAUCGCAAAUCUUUGCGUCUAAGCAAAACUGCUCUUGGUGAAACUGCCUCAGGAAAAAUUGUCAAUCUUUUGUCUAAUGAUGUGAGCAGAUUCGACUUGGUUACUAUUUUUGUUCAUCACAUGUGGAUAUCACCGCUCGUUACUCUUAUUAUUACAUUUUUAACGUGGAAUGAUGCUGGAUGGGCCGGAAUUAUUGGAAUACUUACCGUAUUUCUUAUUGUACCCAUCCAAGGAUACACUGGAAAACUCUCAGCCGUUUACCGUAAAGCCACAGCUUUAAAAACCGACGAAAGGGUGCGACUCAUGGACGAAAUUUUGUCUGGGAUUCAAGUAAUCAAAAUGUAUGCUUGGGAAAAACCAUUCAAUAAACUAAUCCGAUAUGCGAGAAAAUCUGAAUUAAAAAUCAUCACUAAAUCCUCAUACGUGAGAGGAUUGUAUAUGACUUUUAACUUGUUCACUACAAGAUUAGCUUUGUUUGCUACUUUACUUACUAUUGUGCUUAUGGAUCAACCUAUCACAGCUUCCAAGGUAUUCGUCAUAAUGUCUUAUCUAAAUAUUGUCUCUCAAACAAUGUCGCAAAUGUUCGUCCGUGGUAUUUCAGAAAUGGCCGAACUAUUCGUAGCCAUCAAACGUCUAGAAGAAUUCAUGUUGAACGAUGAGUACGUUUCAGUGGUUCCACGUAAAAACAAUAACGAAUACGUAAGCAAUAAGCAUUUGGUCCAUCUGCAAGAUUUGACAGUGAAAUGGAACGCAAGACUGAGCGAUAAUGCUUUAAAUAGCAUAAAUUUAGAUGUAAAUAAAGGUGAUUUGGUUGGCAUCAUUGGACCAGUUGGUAGUGGAAAAAGCUCCCUCUUGCAAACUAUAUUAGGAGAGCUGGAGCUUGUUGAUGGUAAAAUAGAAGUUAACGGUACCAUUUCGUAUGCUUCUCAAGAAGCUUGGGUGUUUGCUGCAACCGUUCGUCAAAAUAUUCUAUUCGGCUCUGAAUAUGACAAAAAAAGAUACACUGAUGUAGUUAAUGCUUGCGCUUUAGCAAAAGAUUUCGAACAAUUUUCCAAUGGGGAUUUAACUAUCGUAGGAGACAGAGGUGCCUCAUUGUCGGGAGGACAAAAAGCUAGAAUAAACUUGGCCAGAGCUAUUUAUAGGGAAGCUGAUAUUUAUUUGUUGGAUGAUCCUUUAUCUGCAGUUGAUAUUCACGUGUCCAAGCAUCUUUAUGAUUUAUGCAUCAAUGGAUAUCUUUAUAAUAAAACUCGAAUAUUGGUUACUCAUCAGGUACACCAUUUGAAGGAUGCUGAUCAUAUUGUUAUUUUGAAUAAUGGUCGUAUUGAGAAUGAAGGCACUUUCAGCAGUCUAUCCGGAAGUGAUAAUCUCUAUGCCAAACUUUUAACAUCCGAGCCAGAAUUUACUGAAGAAGAAAAACAGAAAAUUACGGAUUUCGCUAAGAAGGAUCGAAAAAUGUCUAUGAAAAGUAUAAAAUCAUUGGCUAGUGCCAUGAGUGAGUUGAGCAUACCAGAAGCCAUUUUGGCUGAACAGGAACAGGACUCUGAAGAGGAAGAAGAAAGAGAAAUUAAAAUGAAAGAUCUCCAAGAAGAAUCCUCGAAAGGCAAAGUGAAGGGCAACUUAUUCCUCAAAUACUGCCAAGCUGGUGGUAACAUUUGCUUCGUUUUCAUGGUAUUUUUACUCUAUUUGCUUACCCAAGCCGCUGCCAUGUGUGUUGACUAUUUUGUAACCUUCUGGGUAAAAACCGAAGAAUACAAGACAAUAAACUUCAGUUUGAAUUCAACCACAAACUCUACAGAUGACGUUGAAGUAGUUAAUACCUCCCCUUAUCCUUUCGACGCAAUUCAUUGGGAGAAAACCCUAUUUUUGUACAUUUACAUAACUUUAAUUGUGGGUCUAUUCCUUCUUGCUCUUCUUAGAUCCAUGUCUUUCUACAAAUUAGCCAUGAUUAGCUCUCAGAAACUCCACGACAGCAUUUUUUCAAGCGUAAUCAAUGCUUCAAUGAGAUUUUUCGAUACCAAUCCCAGCGGAAGGAUACUUAAUAGGUUUUCAAAGGACAUUGGGGCUGUGGAUGAGUUGCUUCCAAAAGCUAUUUUAGAUGCCUCACAACUUAUUCUUAUGUCUUUAGGCUCGAUCAUUUUAAUCACAGUCGUAAAUCCAAUAUUUUUGGGUCUUGUAGCAAUUAUUGGAGUAAUUUGUUUGGUGUUUAGGCAUGUUUAUCUGAGGACUUCCAAGAACAUCAAACGUUUGGAAGGAAUUAUGAGGAGUCCCGUUUUUACUCAUCUCAACGCUACUUUGAACGGUUUAACAACAAUCCGAGCUUUCAAAGCCGAAAGGAUUCUUAGAGAUGAAUUUGAUAGGCAUCAAGAUUAUCAUACGAGCGCCUGGUUUAUGUUUAUAGCUGCCAGCUCGUCUUUUGGAUUUUACAUGGACUUACUGUGCUUUGCCUUCAUUACUCUGAUUACUUUCAGCUUUUUGGUGUUCUCAGAGGAUAUCGACAUGACCGGUGGUGAUGUCGGUCUAGCAAUCACUCAAGCCAUCUCCCUCUCGAUGAUGGUCCAGUGGGGCCUACGUCAGUCAGCUGAAGUGGCCAAUCAGCUCAUGUCGGUAGAAAGAGUUCUUGAAUAUACGCAAUUACCUUCGGAAAAGCAACCGAGCAUCCCGAAGCAGCCUCCCAAAAACUGGCCUGCCAAGGGAGAAAUUAAGUUCGAGGACAUGGGGUUGAGAUACGACGAAUUUGGAGCUCUGGUGUUGAAACAACUGAAUUUGAAGAUAGAACCCAAUGAGAAGAUUGGUAUUGUUGGCAGAACAGGCGCAGGCAAAUCCUCCCUAAUCUCUGCCCUAUUCCGCUUGGCCCCAGUGGAGGGAGCCAUCAAAAUUGACGAUAUAGACACCAAAGAUAUUCACUUGGAACAACUACGUUCUCAUAUUUCCAUCAUCCCUCAAGACCCUGUACUAUUCUCAGGUACUCUCCGUUACAACUUGGAUCCGUUUGAAGAAUAUCCUGAUGAUGUUUUAUAUAAAGCCAUUGAAGAUGUUGAACUUAAAGAUCCAGCUAAUAUUAUUAAUAGAUUAGAGAAUAGAGUGAUGGAUGGAGGUGCGAAUUAUAGUGUGGGACAGCGACAGUUGAUUUGUUUAGCUAGAGCCAUCGUCAGGAAUAACAAGAUUUUGAUGUUGGAUGAAGCCACAGCUAAUGUAGACCCACAGACAGACAGUUUGAUUCAAAAAACCAUCAGAAGAAAGUUUGCCAAUUGCACAGUACUCACUGUAGCGCAUCGUCUCAACACAAUAAUGGAUUCGGAUAAGGUGCUGGUAAUGGAUGCUGGUACAAUGAUUGAAUUUGAUCAUCCUCACAAUCUUCUGAAAAACCCUAACAGCGUUUUCAAUCAUAUGGUGGAUGAAUCUGGUAGAGGCUUGUCAGAACAACUUAGAAAAAUUGCCAAAGAUAGUUUUCAGAGGCAAUUGAGUUUACCUGAAUAAAAAAUAGUUUUUAGGAAUUUACGUAACAACUGAAUUGAUUUUUUGUACCAAUUCUUACAAAUUUCCUACUUAAUUUUUUACAAAUUUACUACUUACUUAAAUUUUUUACAAAUUUUACACCAGUGUGUGUAUCUACUUAAGGUUUUAUGUAAGGUGUUUUUGUUUUAACAAAUUAGAAAUUGAACUAAAAAAUUGUUAAGUACGAUAUUUUCCCAAUUCCUAAAUGUAGAUAAGUAUCAAUUUUUAUUUUAUUGAUUUUAUAGAUUUUUUUUUUAUACAUUUUUAAAAAUAUUAAACAAUCAAAAUAGCAGCAACAUAUCUUAUGGAAUAAAAGUGGCAUUAUUGUAUCUUCUCAUUCUACGAUGUUAACAUACUUUUAAAUACUGUGAUUACUUUAUUGAGUAUUUUAAUAAAUAAUUUAUUACAGAGUGAUUCAAAAAGUAUAAAAUAUAAUAUUUUUUUGAAAAUCAUCUUGUAAAAUUAUAGACUUUUUAUACAAGUAUACCUAGUGCGUUAGUUAUUGGUGCUACAAAUAAUAAGCAUGGGCAUAGAUAUAUUUUUUAGGAAAUUAGUUAAAAUCUGCAUACAGGGUUUUUUUGAUUCAUACCGUAUUAACUGUUUAAUGUAAUUUUUAAUUAUCUAGCAGUACGUUUUUAAUUCUCAUGAUAGGGUAGCUCGAGGGGUAGCUACUCUUCCAGAUAUUUAGCUCAAAUUAGUAUGCUUACUUGGCAGCAUAUACCUACCUACUUUAAAGCAAUUAUUAUUUUAUUACCUAGAUAUUUUGUUUUGUAAUUUUAAAAUUAUUUUAUGUUCCUUCUCAUUUAAUUUUUUAGGAUUUAAGUACCUAUUAAAAUAUUGGUUUUUAAUCAUUUUUAAGGUGCUCAAUCAACCAAUUUUUUAAUGAAACUUCUAGAUAUAGUUAUAACAUAAAUACAUACAUACAUAUUAUAUUUUAUUGUUAAGUACUUAUAUGGUGUUUUCUAAAAAUGUACAUAAAAUACAAAUUCAUAUAAAUUA